AUGGCCAUAAUACCGGUGGAAGCAAUUGAAAUUUUCUCCGUAAAUUCUGCGGACUGGAAUGUGUAUAGAAGGCGACUAUGCAGCAUCUUCACAAACUAUGGCGUCACCGAUACAAAGAAGAUGGCGUCGUAUUUUUUCAUGAAGCUAGAUCAGGAAACGUUCCGACUGCUGAAUAAUUUAAGCUACCCUAAAGAAAUCACCACGAAAUCAUACGAUGACAUUGUUAAAAUUCUUGACCAGCUAUAUGUACGAAAAGUAUCUGUGUUUGCUGAGCGUGUGAAGUUCUAUGAAGUACAUCAGAUGGAAGGAGAAAAGGUUAAUGAGUACCACUGUCGUAUUAGAGGUGCUGCGGCUACUUGUGAGUUUGGAAAUAAUUUAUUGUUCGCCAUAAGAGAUAAAUUCAUCACUAGACUGCGAAAAAGCUUGCUGUCACUAGAUAGUAGAGACAAAAACCCAAUUGUUCGAGCAGUAAAGCUGAAGGGUCACAAUCUGCAAUUUGAGCUGGAUACAGGAAGUCCGGCAAGCUGCAUCUCUAUGGAGUUAUAUAAGAAAGUGUUUGGGCAUCAUGAGCUGAAUCCUACCGAUCUUACUUUAUUCGGCUACACGGGAGAAAAAAUUAAACCAGAUGGAAAACUUCAAGUUCAAAUGCAGGUGGAAGGAAUCACGAUGAACCUAGAAAUUUAUGUAAUGACAGGCGGCGGACCACCUCUAUUGGGACGGGAUUAUGUCCGGAAGGCAAAUUUGUUACUGAAUAUGAAUACUGAUGGAGAUCUGAAUAAAAUAUUGAAAAAGUAUUCGGAGCUUUUCAACGACAUACCAGGAUGUUAUCGAUAUGGAAAAGUGGAGUUGCGUUUGAAGUCGAAUGUGUGUCCAGUUUUUCGUCGACCACGACAGGUUGCUCACAGUUUGAAGGAAAAAGUCGAUGCACAGUUAGACUUUCUCGAGAAAAAUGGAACCAUCACACGAAUAACUACGCGUGAUUGGGGAACUCCGUUAGUUCCCAUACUGUGCGAAUUUGUGGGGAUUAUAAGGUCACCCUUAAUAGAUUCCUCAAGGAUUGCAAGCAUCCAAUUCCCAGAAUUGACGAGUUGCUAUCCCAGUUACAAGGCGGGUACAAAUUUUCGAAAAUUGAUCUACGCGAUGCCUAUAACCAACUAG